AUGGAACACAGUUGGGGUUUUAAUGUCUACAGUUUAUGUAGCUUUCACCUCCCAAUUGAAAAUCAAAGUCACGUCACUUACAACAAGAUUGAGGGGAAAGAGUUGAAUGAUGCAGUCAUAUGUGCUUCAAAGUUUGAUUGGUUGCUUUUACAGAAAUCUACAUUGUCAUUCUUCUACAAUCCUUAUACAAAGACUAUAAUCAAACUACCUGAUCUUGACAUCAACUUCAAUCGAAGUACAUUUUCCUCGGUCCCAACUUCUCCUGAUUGUGUUUGCUUUGCAAUUCAAAGUUCCAAAAACAGUAGCAAAAUGUGGCUAAGCACAUGUCAACCUGGUGACCGCAAAUGGAGCACCACAGUCAAGUUUGCUGGUCCUAAAAGGGCAGUUGAGGAUGUGGUUUACAGUAAUGGAACUUUUUACUGUGUUUUUACAGGAGGAGCAUUGGGGGCCUUUUGUGUUGUACACCGUUAUUGGAGUAUGCUCAUGGAUGUGAAUUUGGUUCCUGGGAUAUUGUCUGACACAAGGGGUCAUAUGGUAGAGUCUAAUGGGCAGCUCUGGUUAGUGUAUCGUUCUAGUUCUAUGUGUUUCAGAGUUUUCAAUUUUGAUUGGUCAGAAAAGACUUGGGAUGAGACAUAUACAUUGGGAUGUCAAGCAUUUUUUCUCGGUUGUACCUCAUUCUCAGUUUCAGCAGAAGGAGAAACUGCAGGUUUUGCAGAGAGGAUUUAUUAUCAUUGUGAUACUUACAGUUCCUAUUACUCGUUGAAGACUAAGCAGAGUCAUCAAUGUACAUUUUAUCCAUGGGUAACUGAACGCGGGCCUGAGAGAGUUUGGAUUCAACCUCCUAAGAUAUGGUCUAAAUUGGUUUGACACCAAUUUGGAAAACAGGUCUAGCCAUUUAGUCAUGUUUCUUUGCUUGCAUUAUGAAAUGGACUAAUAUACUUGCUUAGGGCACUAAUUUGAGUUCUAGCACUAUGAAGUGUGGAGGAUUUAUUACUAUUAUUUCCUUGAAUAACAAGCUUUCUGUAUAAAAAGUUAGGAAGGAUUUUAUGGCAUCAUUAUAAUACUAUGACUUUGUUAUUGUUACUUUCGAGUCCUUACAUUUUAUUUGUGAUUUAGACCUUUUUGGAUACUUCAUGUCCAAGAGACUGCCAUUGAUAAAAUCCUCAUCCCUGUUGAGAGGAAGGAAAAUGAUUUCACAUUCUUCCUUCCAGCAGACAGGG